UUGCCAUUCGUUGGCCCCUUUUAAAAGAAUAUGGCGCCCGGAGAGGACGGCGCUGUACGAACUUGCAUGAAAGAAUGUAAUUUCCAGACUCUCUUGACGCUUGUUAUUGAAACUGUGGCUCGCCAGAUUGGGGAAAAGAGCAAGGUUGCACACAAAGAUGGCCGCCAAAACAGCCUCUCAAUCGCAGAAGUAAACACGAAUUGAUUUUUGAUUAGCAUAGCUGGAUAGAUUAUUGGAAAUAAUACAAUAAUUUCCAAAAUGACCGAUUUAGAAUGGAAAAUGGCAAAAGAAUGGAUACGAUCCACUGGCAUAGAACCUGUGAACGGCAAGGCAUUUGAACAAAGUGUUGAUUUGUUUGAUUUUGCUCAGUCUCUUCGAGAUGGUGUUAUAUUGUGUCAAGUUGCAAACCAGUUAAAGAGGCACAGUAUAAGGGACGUAUCUAAAGUUAAUAAUGUUAAUAUGCAUAUGUUUCUCUGCCUACGAAAUAUACGUGCCUUCUUGCGAGCAUGUUCUGACGAGUUUAAGCUUAAUCAAGAUGAUCUAUUUACAGCGAAUGAUUUAUAUGAUGUAUCCAAUUUCCAAGCUGUUAUUCACACAUUAUCCUUACUGUCAAAAACAUAUGAAGCAAAAGUCUUAUGCAAAUUAAAGCCCUUUCCUCCAGAUAACUUUAAAACAGCUCCUGAAGAAGAUAUAUAUGGAACAUUACCAGAAAUUUUGGAAAAAAAGGAGCCUAACUAUUAUUCAUAUGAUGAUUAUGAAGAAGAAAAUAUAUAUGAUCAUGUUCAAAUCGGGGAAAAAAUAUAUGACGAUAUUGUCCAAUGCACUAAAAAGGCUGGGUUAACACCAGUCACUGAUAAAAGAAGUCACAUAAUUAAUGAAAUAAUUCAAACAGAAGAUAGCUACUUGGAAGCCUUGAAUGUCAUGGUCGAUGUGUACAUCAAACAAUUAAAAGGGUACAUGUCUGCACACGACAAAAACACAAUUUUUAUGAAUACAGAGAAAAUAUGCCUCCUUCAUAAGUCAUUUAAUCGGGAACUGACGACUCGAAGAACUAGUACUAAUGUCAAGUUAAAUUUACAAUCCUUUGUACAAUAUAAAGAACAAUUUCUACAAUAUGCAGUUUACUGUACAGACCUACCUGAUGCACAACAACAUGCUAUAGAAUUAUUUAAAGAAAGCACUUUUCGAGAUAAAGUUGAAAGUUGCAAUGCGAAAGCAUGUCGGAAGUUUCCCUUGCAAGAACAACUGGUUGUUCCUUUCCAAAGAAUAUUGAAAUAUCCACUACUACUAAGGGAUCUAAAUAAACAAACACCUGCCAGCCACGAAGAAAAGAAGUCUGUAGAAAAAGCAUUUGAGGCAAUGGAUGAUGUUGCACGAUAUAUUAACGAAUAUAAACGAGAUGCAGAAAAUGUUAAACUGAUAUCUCAAAUAGAAAGCAGUGUCAAAUACGAUCUUGCAAAAAAACCGAUCCAAUAUGGUCAUCAUGUGAAGAAUGGCGAAUUACAAGUAAAGUUUGAUACAAGUGAUAAAAAAAUGUUAAAGCGCUUCGUGUUUUUAUUUGAACACACUAUGCUGCUCUGUAAGAGUAGAGGAGACACAUAUGAUGUCAAAGAGGUGUUCGAUCUUCAGAAAUUUAAAAUAGGUGACAUUCCACCAGCGGGAAGAGGAAAAUUUAGUCAAGGUUGGUUUGUCCAGGCUCACACAAAUGACGGAGUGUGUGAGGCCAAAAAUUGCACGAUGUAUGCGAAAACACAACAAGAUAAAAUAACUUGGGUAUCAGAAUUAUCCAAGUGCAUAGAAGCAGUUUCUUUAACAGAGUGGCAAGGGAAGAUGGAUCAUCAUAAUUUUGAACUGACAACAUUUGAAUCUCCGCAAUGUUGUCACGUGUGUAAAAAACUAUUGAGGGGGCAAAUAAGUCAAGGAUAUAAAUGCAGCAUUUGCAGACUUCUUAUACACAAAGAGUGUUUAAUUAAAUGUCCGAAGUGUGGCAUCAAACGUCCAACAAGAGAUCCCACAACCACACGCCGUGCUGGCAGAGAUGAGUAUGAACAAAGCAAGUUGAAGAGUGAUUCGAGCAAGCUUCCAACGAAUGACCAUUUUCCAUCUUCUAACUCUCUUGAUUUAAAGAAAUACCCGUGGUAUGCAGGUGUCUUAUCACGUGAUGAAGCGGCACAAAUUCUUGUGAAUUAUGGUGACGGAGCAUUUUUAAUCCGAGAAAGUCCGAAUCAACCGGGGCUUGCAAUAAGCAUCCGAUAUAAAGUGGAUACGAAACACAUCAAAAUAGGACAUUCGAACAAUCGUUUCUUUCUUACUGAUCCAAAACAGUUCCCAUCUAUAGCAGAUUUGGUAAUGUAUUACAAAAGCAACUCUCUUGGUACCAGCUUUCCAUCUUUACCGACUAAACUAACUAGAGGAGUAGCAAGAGCUGUGAAGCGUGUUAUGAUAGCAAAGUUUAACUGGGCGGCACGCAACCCUCAAGAACUCUCGUUUCAGAUGGGUGACAGAGUUAGCGUGCUAAAUGAUGAAGGGAAUUGGUGGCUUGGUGAAUGUCGAGGAAAGGAGGGUUUCUUUCCAAAUAAUUAUGUAGAAUAAAGCAAAGUAAUGAACUUAUAAAUUCGACAUUGAAUGUAUAAGCAGAUGGAAAUCAACACUCCCUUCAGAAGAAAUUUUAACGCCCGUUUUUUUUAUGCAUAAUGGUGUGAAAGCCAUUGAAAUUUUAUUACGUUGGAUGGUUAUAGAAUCGAUAUUUUGUCAUAACAAAGAUAUAAUUAUUUUUCCGGCUCAUUUCUUUGUAAUAUUUUUAAGAGAACUUCUCCAAUUUUUAUACUUUCCACGUAUCUAUGUGUCAUCUUUGCCAAUCAGGCUAAAAGGUAAUAUCAUCAGCAGAAACCUGUUUUUGUACUGUUUAUUUGCUGUUCUUUCUAUACUUUGUUCAUCUUUCACUACCUUUUUUUAAUUCGAUCACCUUUCACCUCUGUUUUUUUUAGAAUUUUCUCAGCGUUGCUACGAUGUUAACAUGUAAUGUAUAGAGUUUAUUUGCUUGGAUGGGAUCCGUCCAAAACAAAACACAGGGUGUCCACUCUGUCAGAAAUGUUAGGACUUGUCUGGAAUUUUGAAAAUAUAGGCAAAAUGUCGAGGAAAUAUUGUCUUUUUUAUAAAAUAUCACUAAUUUUAAAAGUCUCAGCUUCCUUAACAAUCAGCUAGUUCAUCAUCCAUAUAGGAAAAGGGAAGAAAUUUCGAAUCAAGGUUAACUUUUGAGCAGACACCCUGUUUUUUUCAAAGAACAAUGAACUGCAAAAGUGAAGAUUUUUCCUUACUUUAUCAUUCGUGUUAAUAAGACGAUAGUGAAUGUGAGAAAUCUCUCAAUCCUUUAAAUCUCAUUGGUUGACGGAUCCCGUUUGUAGAAUCUCAUUGGUUGAUGUAAAUUUUAACGACUGCUCAGCAGAGGAAAAUAAUAAUGAUAAUUUUUUUUUUCAUAAAGAAUUUUUUUGUAAUGAAUGUUGAGGAUAAUUUUCUUUUUUAUUGCAUUUAAAUAUAAUUUAGGAGUUGGUAGAAAGUACAAGACUCUCGGUUUAAAUAUGUCGUAACUUUUGCCAAGAUGCCAUCCUGACUAAAAAAAUGUAUCCCAGGUGAAAACAAAUCUUGGAUGGUUGCAAAAGUAAUCGAGUCCAGUUGGACAUGAGAGUCACAUUACUUUUAAUCAAAUAUUUCUUACUUAGGAAAUGAUGCAAUAUAUUUAAUGUUAAUUUAGUUUAGAACCUUUGUUCAUAUGAUCCUUUGUACAUAUCCUAUAUAGGGUUUUUAUUCUUUAUUUUUUAGUCCAGACAUCACUCACACUAUAUGCAGGCUGUUUUAUGUUUGUUAUGACACCUUAUUUGCAAGAUGUUAAUGUUUUGA